CGAGGGAGGUUCGGCUUGGUUCGGUCCACAGAGGCCCGGCAGAAUCCAGUCCGGUUCUUGACUCCUUCAUCCAGUCCGGAUCAGCACCGAGGCUCGGUAGAGGACAGAAAGGACAAAAACCAGACGGUCCGUCUGGGUCUGGCACCAGAACCAACUGCUGUCCUCAACCCGGUCCACCUCCAGAACCCCGCGGUCCGAACACGGAACCGGAGCUGGGUUCGGUUUCCCCGGAAGCAGCAGCGGCCUCCGUUCGGCUCCGAGCCCGCCCGGAGCCUCACGUGUCCCGGUUCGGCUCCCUCACAUGACCCGGCUGUUUGUCCCCGUGACCAGAACCUCCGUCCGCCCGGGACCGCCUCAUGGAGCUGCUGGAGCAGAACCUGGAGGGUUCGGGGAGGCACGAGAAAACGGAACCGGAAGAAGAGCUGCACCUGCAGGAAGGAGAAGCCGUUGUCUCAGAUGGACACUCUGCGGUCACCAUCACCAGCGUCCCUCAGGCUGCGUUCUCUGACCACGGCGUUCAGUACCAGUUCCGUACGGAAAACGCUGGAGGACAGGUGACCUAUCGGGUCGUUCAAGUGUCGGACGAUCAUCUGGAAGCAGCGGCAGACGGAACCGGCGCCGUCAGUGUCGUCUCCACGGCAGCGUUCGCCGGAGCCCCUCAGGCCGUGGCUCAGGCAGUCAUCCAGAACCCCUUCAGCAACGGGGGCAGUCCCGGUGGGGAGACCGUGGGGGGAGAAACACGCUUCGCUUACUUCCCCACCGCCGCCGUCAGCGACGGGGCGGCCGUGUCGGUGCAGACCGCCGCCGACCCGACGAUCGCGCAGGCGGGAGGUCAGUUCUACGUGAUGAUGCCCCCCGAGGUGCUGCAGACCAGCAGCCCCCGCAACAUCGCGCCGCGGAUACAGACCUGCAGCUCGAAGGUGGAGGGUCCGCGGGCCCCCCGGGACGAUAAGAGGAGAGCUCAACACAACGAAGUGGAGAGAAGACGAAGAGACAAGAUCAACAACUGGAUCGUCACGUUGUCCAAACUGAUCCCGGACUGCAGCAUCGACGCCAGAACUGGAGCGAGUAAAGGAGGCAUCCUGUCCAAAGCCUGCGACUACAUCCGAGAGCUGCGGCAGAAAAACCAGCAGCUGCAGGACGGAUCCAAGGACGCGGAGCGGGUCCAGAUGGAGAACGAGCUGCUGCGGCAACAG